UCCGCAGGUCCUGACGAGGCCGAGGACAUCCACGCGCUCGCCGAGCGUUCGUGCUCGCCGACGUGUCCUUUCGCCGCCCCUCUUCUCCGGCCAAGCUGGAUUCAUCUCCAGACGUGUGUGGUAUGGCCGGCCAGACCAGUGCACGCAUCAGCUCGAGGCAUCCUCUGUCUGUUCCGCAGUCAUAUUCAGUUCGAUCAUCACAGGGUUCACAGUUAGCGCUAAGAGCUGCAAAUCCAUUGUUCCCUUGUGUCAAACUCUCCAAAGCUCGUGCUGUGGUGGCAGCAUCAAUGGAGGUCUCCAAGGCCUCUCUUGGUUUAGCCAACCGCCAGCCAUCCAAAGAUGUUCUUGAGACAUGGCGCAAUGCUGAUGCGGUGUGCUUCGAUGUCGAUAGCACUGUGUGCUUGGAUGAGGGAAUUGAUGAACUUGCUGAUUUCUGCGGGGCUGGGCAGGCAGUUGCUGAGUGGACGGCAAAGGCGAUGACAGGGACUGUUCCAUUUGAAGAGGCUCUAUCCGCCAGGAUCUCCUUAAUCAAGCCAUCUCUGUCCCAAGUUGAGGACUGUUUGGAGAAGAGGCCACCCAGGAUUUCUCCUGGAAUUGCUGAUUUGAUUAAGAAGUUAAAAGCUAAUAAUACUGAAGUAUUCCUUGUGUCAGGAGGUUUCCGACAAAUGAUCAAGCCUGUGGCAUUUGACCUUGGUAUUCCUAUGGAAAACAUCAGAGCAAACCAACUGCUAUUUGGAACAUCUGGAGAGAGUGCUGGUUUUGAUCCCACAGAGCCCACUUCUCGAAGUGGGGGUAAAGCAGUAGCAGUGCAACAAAUAAGACAGGAUCGUGGUUACAAGACAGUCAUCAUGGUUGGAGAUGGUGCAACUGAUCUCGAGGCUCGGCAACCCGGCGGAGCAGUCUUGUUCAUCUGUUAUGCCGGUGUGCAGAUGAGAGAAGCAGUUGCAGCAAAAGCUGACUGGACUGUCUUUGAUUUUCAAGAGCUAAUUGCCGAGUUGCCAUAGUUUUAAUUCCCAAUAGUAAUCAUUCACUGUUCGUACAGUGACAGAUAAUUGCAUGUGCUUUGCAAAGCUUGUGUUUAGCUCUAUUGCUUAGGUAUUUCACAUUCCCAUCGUUCCUUUCAUGAGAUGGUGCUGGAGCUGAACCUCAAAUUCAAUGGUCGUGUUUUUUCCUCCUUUUUCAAACCUGGUGGUAUUGUAUUUGACAUUGAAACCUCAUGGUUAUGUAUUGACAUGGAAAUCUUAUGGUUA